UUCAAUUCUUUAACCCCGCCUCCAUUCGCUCCGACCUGAAAAUAUUGGCGCCAAGGACUCACACCGUAGAACACGAUGCAGAGCUUACUAGGGUUUCAUCCUCCUCACUUCUCCGAGAUUUGAGUAUGCGAAAAAUAUUUCUCCUAUCUUAUUACAGGAAGCAGCAUGGCUUCCGGGUUGGCUUCAGUCUUCUUCGAUAAGGGAGGCGAGCAAUCAAGCAUUUCAAUGUUCUUCAGGGCAAAGGCUCGAGGACAUUGGAUGCCUUCAGCAGAACAUCAAUACUAGAGAAAAUGAGAAUCUGUCUGAUAAUGGUGUGUGUAAGAGUUUCCAUUUAUUUUUAUCUGGAGAAGACAACUCAACCAUGAAUUUUCCUUCAUGUUCUAGCAAUCAUGAAAUUCGAUUACAUCUUCAUCUAUCAUCAAAUGAAGAAUCUCAAAAUUUAUCAAAUCCAACUCCAAGUAAAUCUCAACCACAACCUCUUCCACUUCCAGAUUCCAAAGUUACCCCUGAGGAGAACACCCAAAAUCCAAUCCCACAGAAGGGCAAUCCAGGAUUUUCCAGUCAUGAACCUUUAAAGGGGCAAAAUGGGAAAACCCCCAAAUCUCAUAAAGUUGAUAUCACAGAUGCAGUGGAACUAGCUGUUGCAGCAUCAGAAGCAUUAAUAAUCCAUGAGGUAUUAAAAGAUGAACCAAAUUCACAGCUUUCAACCCCUUCAUCUGUUCUUGAAGCUGCAAUAAGGGUAAAAAAGGCACGAUUGGAGGAACUUAAUGAUGAUUUUGAGGAAAACAAUGACAAUGAGUAUGAGGUUGACUUUCUUUCGGAUUUGGAUGAGUUGACCAUGGCAGAAGCAUAUGAAGAUGUGGGAUUAACAGUGAAUAGUUAUGGUUAUGAAUCCAUAUCUCAUGUUAAAGAUAGUUAUGGAACCCUAGAAGCUGAAUUUGGUUCUAUUUCCACAAAACAAGAGAUAUUAUCAAAAAAAGAAAUUGUUUUGGAAUCUAUUGAAGGUGAUACACAUAAAGAACAUGAUGAUUAUGCAACAUUAGGGACUACAGAGAAUGCUAAUGAUCUUGGGUGUGAUUUUGAUCCCAUGUUUAGUUGUUCAGUUGAACAACCUGUUAUUUCCACAAAAGAGCAGGUUGAUGGGCCAUUGACAUUGUGUCAAACAAUUUUGAAAUCUUCUUUCGGGUCUCGGGCUUUUGGAUGUAUUGAAAACGAAGAUAAGAUGACAAAUUUGAUUCCAGAUAGAUUUCAAAGCCGUUGGUUUGGUGGUUGGAAAUGCAAGAAUGAAGAUGCAGUUACAGACAACAAAAUCCCUGAACCAUUUGCUUUAAAUGAAUCGAGUUCUCUUUCGGAAUCUGCCGAUAUUGCCCCUGAUAUGAAUUCAGCCAUACAAAAACAGGAUAAUACUGUUUCUCAAUCAACCAUACCUCCUAAAGAUAUAGAUACACACCACAAAACUACCAAUAACAGUAAUUUUCUUUCCGAUACUGCCCCUGAUAUGCCUCUUAGUGUGUCCCCAAUGGAGGACCUUUUGUGUUCUGUUGUUCCUUGCAGCUUUUCUUCCGAUAAUACCCCUCCCCAUGUUAAUCUCAAUAACCCAAAAAGUGUCUCACCCCAAAAUACCAAUUAUACCCUUCACCAAGUUAAUCCAAAAAGUGCCUCACCCGUAAAUACUGAUAAUACCCUUCACCAAAAUAAUCCAAAAAGUGUCUCACCCCAAAAUACCGAUAAUACCCUUUGUGAGAAUAUUUCAAGUCCUACUAUACGAAGACACGUGUCCUCACUUAAAACUUACAGCAUCUUACCACAUCCCCCUUAUGAUCCAUACUCAGUGAACAAACAACCUACACAAGAUGAUGUCGAGAAAAAGACCAAAUUACCCUCGGCUACUAUAAAUAAAGAAAAUCCGGAGUUACUUCCAACCGAGGUUUUCAGAAAGGUGAAGUCCAACAUCAAAAGCUGUGUAGUUCCAAUGAGAAAACGUGUCCGUUUUUCAGAACCCGAAAUUAUUCACACUAAAAAAACACGAGUCACAUUCACAUGCAACAAAACACGUUUAUUUCAAGAUUUUAAUUUUUUAAUUACGGGGUUUUCAAUCAAGAAACAUAAAGAAAUAAAAAGUCUAAUUCAAAAAAACGGUGGCAUAGUUUUAGAUGAUAUUCCAUCUCCUCCAUCUUCAACUUCUAGAAGACAAAAAAAAAUCUCAAAAUAUCGACUUCCUGUGAUUUUGAGUCCCAAAAGGCUACUCACAACCAAGUUUUUAUACGGGUGUGCAGUCAACGCGUGUAUUCUCAAAGUCAAAUGGCUGUUUGACUCGGUCAACGAAGGUUCAAUCUUACCACAUAAGAAAUACAUGGUUUUAAAAGAACAUGUGAUUAAUUGUAGCAUGAUAAUUGGGAUUCGGAUGCCAAAUAGAAGAUUGAUUUUCCAAGAUAUUGCGAUUAUGCUUCAUGGGAAGCAUGAUUUUUGUAUGAAAAUGGAGAAAGUUGUGAGGCAUGGAGGGGGGUUGGUGUUCAAGUCGUUUCAUUGGUUGGUGAAGAGACUUGAGAGUAAUAGGGUAUUGAUUGGGGCGAUUGUUGUGGAGGGCGAAAUUGGUAUUUCACGUCAGUUGAAGCAAUGUGCGGUGGAGCAAAAGAUUCCGGUGGUGCCGUUUGAUUGGAUUGUGAAGAGUUUGUAUGCGGGUAGGGUUGUUCCUUCACUUCAAGAAUUCAAGAACCCAUAUAGAGUUCCUUUGGAAAUGAGUGAAGAAAUAUAAAUCUUGAAAUAGAGGGGGUGUUUGUUUGUUUGUUUUUUUAUUGUUAUUAUUUUUAAAAAAAAUGUAUUAUAAAUUGUAUCUUUACAUGAAAGGAAUAUUGGA